AUGAUUCCUUAUUCAAAAUACGCUUGGGCUGUGCCUAUAAAAAAUAAAAGUGCUAAUGAUGUAACCAAAACAAUGGAUUCUAUAUUAAAACACGGAAGAAUUCCAAAAAAUCUGCAUGUUAAUCAAGGCAAAGAAUUUUAUAAUCAAGAAUUCCGUAAUCUUAUGAAAAAAACACUUCAAACUAAUAUGUGGCGAAAAUUCACAGCUCGUGGUACUUAUAAGUGGAUCGACAUGAUUGAUGAUUUAGUGAAUACUUACAACAACACUAAACAUAGAACAAUAAAAAUGAAACCUUCAGAUAUAAUUGUUGAUAAUGAACAAGACUUGAAAAAAAAAUUAUUUGGCGUUUUCCGAGCUUCGAAACCCGGCGAUAGAUGGCGAGAAAUUUUCGCUGGGAGAGAACCGUUUGGGAAAUUUUAUAGUCCCAAAUUUAUCGCAGAAAAGUCAACCAGUACCACCGAGACGAUUUUCCCUGUGGAGGCUAUCCAGAAGGGAAAACGACAAGGAACUCAGUUACCCAGAGUACGGCUGUACCAAGUCGGUAAAAAUCGAUCACCAAAUCAAUGCCAAACACCGCCAGUCGGUACAACAGUAGGUAAAACAGAUAAAACCAAUCACUAA